AGAAUUUAAUGUUCAAAUAUCUAUUAAACGCAAUAGGUGUGUUAAAACUGUUUAGUGAAAAUUUUGUUCUAUUUGGAUAUAAGCUACGGACGAAAUUUGAUAUAAAAAAUAUUUGUUCAAACUUCGAGUACUUUGGAUUGAAGAAUGGAAGCAGAUACGGAAAGAAAGAAGAAAUGGAAAUUGAAGAAAAUAAACAAAUGCUGGUUCUUAGAUGUUGGCGGUAAACUGACAAGGAUGAAUAUCCUGAACUAUGCUACUGAUGUUCACUUGGAGGACAACAUUAUUUUUGCAGAUGAUCUUGUGAUUCAACUGACAGAGGAAAGUGACGGAGAAAUCGUGUUGACAGAGAUUAAAGAUAUAUGUCAUAAAGUUAAGACUGCUGACGAUAAAAAUAAAGAGACACUUGUCAAAAGUGAAAAGGAAGAGUCUGGUGCAAGAACCAAUGUUAAUAAAACGGGAUCUGUAAAGUAUUUAAAAACAGUGAGUGAUCGAAAUGAGGAUAUGACACAAGAUACACCUCUUACAAACGAAAAUAGAAGUUCAAGUGUGGAACUUACUCUAGUAGAAGAUCCUGAAUAUCUGUACGGUGAUGACGAGGACCACGAACUGGGAAGCGAUGAAUAUGUACCAAAGAAAGGAAAGCGUAUAGGUUUCUUCAAACGAAUUAAAGAAAUUGUAAAAAAGAAGCUAGCUUUAAAGCAGCAAGAAGAGCCUUUGUAUGAAGCCAUUUCACACAAUGACGGUGAAGAUAACGAUGACGACGAUUUUGACUACUCUUUAUCUGAUCCUAAGAAAGUGCACAGUACCAGGUCUGAUGCCGUCCCAGGAGCGAGGAUAGUAACAGCACUAUUUGAUUUUAAUCAUUUUUCUGAGGACGAAAUUAGCUUCAAAAAAGAAGACCAACUGAAACUCCGUGGAGAAACUUUGAGCGGAAAUUCUGACUGGUGUUAUGCUGAACACUUGACUACGGAUAAGAAAGGCUAUAUUCCGUUAGCCUAUGUCACUGCAGAUAUCAGGUCAAUGGAGGCUCAAGUCUGGUGGCAUGACCUUAGCAGGGAAGGUGCGGAGGUAUUGCUUAGAAUGUCAAACAGACCUCUUGGAACAUACCUUGUUAGACCUUCUGACAGAGGACGUAUGCUUGUACUGUCGAUGUUGGCUCCAAGCAAGGAAUCCAGAGGAGAACGUGUCGCACACAUUCAAAUCAAGUCACACAAUGGACAGCUAUUUAUAACUUUAAGAAGACUUUUCCCUGACAUAUUCGAUCUUAUUCAUUUCUAUCAGUGUACAGCUGGUGAUCUUCCGUGCAAACUAGAGAAACCAGCUCCAAGGCCAAAUCCUGUUGUAUAUCCCAGAAACUUAGAAACUGAAAGGGAGUCUGUUGCUAUUAUCAAGUCAGUCAAAAUUGGUGAAUAUGGAGAAUUAUUUACCGGUAAGUUGUUCAACACGUUCGGUGUAACUAUCGUGACAAAGUGCAAACUUGCGCAGGACCAUUUUUUAGCGGAGGCGAAGACUAUAUAUACAUUCCAGCAGUCCAGACACUUUGUUAGAAUGUUAGCUGUGGUAAUAAAACCUAAACCUUUUAUGAUUAUACUCGGAGAGACGGUUCGCUAUACGUUACAAUCAUACCUGCAGAGAGAUAGAGGAAGCACUAUAACCUUCAAGUCUUUGACUAAAAUGGCUGCUGAGAUUGCUGAUGGUAUGGCGUUUUUAGAGACGGAAAAGAUUGUUCAUAGACAUUUAAAAGCCGAAAAUGUGUUUGUAUGUGGAUUGAACGAAUUGAAGAUAGUACAUCCAAAUUUACCAGGUCUGAUGAAAGCUAGUGAUAAUGAUGAACAUAUAAAAGGUGAAAAUGAAUGGCAAUGGACUGCACCAGAAGCAAUAGUUGACGAAGAUAAGUUUAGCACAAAAUCGGACGUGUGGUCAUUUGGGGUAUUGUUGUAUGAACUCAUCACGUUUGGAAAAAUACCAUAUGCAGGUUUGGUUGAAGAAGAUACGAUAAGCCGUUUGCAAGAAGGAUUCAGACUACCCGAGCCCAAGGGCGGUCCUGAACUUUGCCCUGUCGCUUUUUAUGUUACAAUGCUAGAAUGUUGGCAUCGUCGUCCGGAAUGUCGUCCAACAUUUGACUUCCUUGGAGAAUUUCUUCAUUAUUUUGAUGUUGCUGUAGAAUCUGAAACUCGUUUGGAAUAUGCCGAUAUACAAGACCUAUACAGGAGAGGAACUUUGGCAGAGGGACAAGAGCCGUAUGAAGUGCCAGCAGAUUUAGACAUGCAUACUUAUGUAAAUGUCAGUAGUGUCAUAAGGCCCGACAAACGAAUAGAUUCGCAAAAGUCACAGCAGUCUGAGCAAAAUAUAGGAUCAACAGCACAAAGUCCGCUGAGAAACAACACUGGAAUGCCUAAAAUAAAUGGUGGAUUUGAUGUGAAAGUCUUUUACGAAUAUGAAGCAGAAGACGACGACGAGAUAUCGUUUUGCAAGGACGACAUUGUAACUAAUGUGGAUCCAGUAGACGAAAAUUGGUGGAUAGGAACAACAACAAAUGGUACUCGCGGCCUAUUUCCAUCAAAUUUUGUGGAAAUAUUUGAAAACGACUACGCUGAAAUAAAACUGUAAACUUGUGAUUGAGACAGUUGGUUGCUGAUAUACAACUUAUAGCUGUUCACGGUUUUGAACUACUAGUAGAAUAGUUUUAUGCAAAUUACUUAAUAAUGUUGAUUAUUUCAUAAUUUGUAGUGACGUUAUGCAAAUUUUGAUUAUCAAAGUCCUAAAGCUCAAGGUAGCGGACACAUGGCAGUUUUCUUGUGAUUUCGUAUUUAAGUUAACCCAUUCGACAUGUUUCGAUCGUAAAUAUAGCUCAUCGCGCAAAUAUUUUUUUGUAGAAACACGGAACAUGCCGAAAUAGCAUACGGGGGAGCACGUUAAUUGCCGAUUGUUAUUACGGGUCCAAACCAUUAAAUGUAUUCUAUGUUGUAUAACAGUUUACCCCAUGGAGCUAGUAAAUAUUUAAAGAAAUUUGUUUUAUUGCGUGAAUGAAGAAACGCUGGUGUCACAGAAAUCUGUGUUUGUAUGAGGUUCGAUUGAACAUUUAACUAAUGUUUGAUAGAUUCUUGAAGAUAGACGUGUAGAUUGUGUUUUCGUUUUUGUAAUUGUGAUGUCAUUGCUUCCGUCAUUAUUUUAGUUUUGUCAUUGUAUAUAUUUAUUAAUAUCAUUGUCAUCCUUCAACAAAUCGAACAUUUGCAUUGAUUUUAAAUUAUAUAUGCUUUUCGUGCAGAACCGAUAAAAAGUUUGUUAUUCUACAGGGUGGCUAACCCACCUGACAUUUUGUUACAUAUACACGGGGAAAUGGCCCGAUUGAGGUACAAUUUUUGCUAUAAUUCCCUUUACGACUUCACCGAUUUAGAUAAUAUUAAAAAGAGCCGUAAACUGGAAAAGUUUGCCUCCUGGAAAUGUCUAUCAGACUUUCUUAAAAUUUUCUCAAACAGUUCGCCCAAACGUGUUUUCACGGACUUAAUACGUAAGUAACGUGCACAUGGAGUCUUUGUCAAGUGUUUGAAAAAAAAGAGUAUUUAGAAUUUGUGUCAGACCCUUUGUGCCGAAGCGAGCACUACUUCUUUUGUUUUUGAAUCUUUUUUUAUCUUAUUAAAAUCCGUCUAGUAAUGAAAAAAAUGCAAGCAACAAUGUCACCUGAAUCGAGUUAAAAAUGUCACGUGUUGGCCAUCCAAGAAGACAUAUUGUUCUCUUUUUCUUGUGUAACUAGCUGAAAACAAGAUCUAUCAAACUCGGAAAAAAACUCUAUUUUUUUGCAUUAUAAGUUAAAUCUUUAUCAAUUUAGUUUUUCAAUUGUGUAUAUGUUUCACAACAUAAUAUAAAAUUUCUGUUAGUACAGUGGUUACAGCAAGUUACUGUGUUAUUUUAAUAUUUUAUUUACCCGCGACUGUAAAGAGCAAGAAACACUAAGAAGGUGACAGAUAUAUAUAUAUAUAUAUAUAUAUAUAUAUAUAUAUAUAUAUAUAUAUAUAUAUAUAUAUAUAUAUAUAUAUAUAUAUAUAUGCAAAUAUAAUGUUACUCAUGUAAUGUUGUUUAUUUUUUCUUUAUAAUAUACUUGAUCCGGUACAGACUUUUGCAUAUAUAUAUAAUUGUUAUAUGAUCUGGACAGAAAAUAAUACUGAAAAGUAA